UUAAGCGCAGACCCAUCCAGCAGAGGAUGGAGGAAUGGAGCUUCCCCCAAAGUGGCUUAAGGGUUCUAACGCCGCUGAUAACCGCGGCGGGCAGGUCCAUUCCCUGUACACAGCCCCUAUACUUCAGAAGAGUCCGAAUGCUAACCUGGAAAUCAUGCACAGCAAAGCGUCAGAGUUUUCUUCGGCUCCUAACUUCCAGGACCAUAACAAGACCAUGAUUCUGCCCAAGGAUGAGAACAAGGAGGGCGCUGGGUACCGGCUGCUGAACAUGCUGAGAAAAACUCUUAAAGGGUCUGAAAGUAAAGAACUGGAAAUAACACCUGAAGUGCCAACUUUGAUACCAUUUGGGGACGUGGUUGGCUGCCUUGCUGUUCAUAUAAAGAACUGCAGACAUUUCACGCCUAGGAUCAGUUUACAUUACAGUAACUUGUUCAUUCGCAUCUCUAUAAACAACAUUGUGAAAUGUACAAAAAUGUGUAGCUUGCUAUCCCGAAAUGAUGAAAAGAACACUACAAUUAAUUUUGACGACAUAAAGUACUUUUCUGUACAGGUUCCCAGGCGUCAAGAUGAUGAGCGGAAUAAUAUUUACUUGGAACUAAUGCAAUAUAAAAAUACAGAAAAAUAUCCUCUCUUUUUAGGGAGUGUUCAGGUACACCUUUAUGAUGUAAUUCAGAAAGGGUGCUUUAUUGAAGAAUUUGAAAUGUUGAAUAAAAGCACGCUUAUCUGCAAGGUGGAGGUGGAAUUUAUGUUCUCCUACGGGAACUUUGGUUACGGAUUUUCACAUCAGUUAAAACCUCUUCAGAAAAUUAUUGAGCCAUCCAUGUUUAUGAAUAUUGCACCACCUCCAGAAAGAAUAGAUCCUGUGACAAAUGUUAUUACACCACAACCAAUAGAAUAUCCAGCAUUCCUAUCCCCAGACCUGAAUGUUACUGUUGGGAUGCCAGCUGUAGUGCCCCAAUCCAACCAGCCAUCCGUAGUGAGACUUGAAAAACUUCAGCAACAACCUCGAGAAAGGCUGGAAAAAAUGAAAAAAGAAUAUAGAAAUCUGAAUACAUGGAUUGAAAAAGCUAGCUAUUUAGAAGGAGUUCUUACCCCAAAAUUGGCCCAUAGCGAACAUAAGGAAAUUGAUACCAACCAGUUACUAAAAAGCCUACAUGAAGAGGAGUCUGAAGUUUUUGAAACAUCAGAUGUCCCUUUUAUAAUGGAGGAAGCUGAAACUGUUCCAAGUGAGUUGCCGGGUAAUGAUGAUAAGAGAAGUAUGACUCUACCAACUCUGAACCAGUCAAAUCAAGAUAAUUCAGAUGCUGUUGCUCCUGAAAGUGAUGAAUCAACAAAGCAAACAGAUGAGUCAACAAAGCAAACAGUUGAGUCAACAAAGCAAAUAGAUGAAUCAACAAAGCAAACUCCAUUGCCUGUUAUUCCUAUCCCGACAAUAACAGAGGAGAACAAAACAUCACCUUUAGAGGAAUACCAAUCAAAAGCUGUGCCAGAGGGAAAAAUGAAAAAUAUGUUCUUUCCACCAGAAGUAAAAUUGAAAGAUAGAUAUCCAAGCCUUUUAAAAACAGACUCAUCUCCAUCAGAGUUACUGUUUUUGUUUCCUGUGGCUUGGAGACAACAAGAAGAGAGUCCCUAUUGUUCCAUUAGCACAAUGAAUGAAAAUAUAGAUCUUCCUAAUACUGUAGAAAGGGUAAUGCAAGAUCAGCUCUAUGGACAAAAAAAUACAAAUAAAAAAGGAAAAUCAGUGAUUUUUUCACCAAAGGAACACAUUUUACCAGCUUUCAGACCACAAUAUAUAGAGUUCAAACCAAAAUACCAGUUCCAGAAAUUCAACUUUAAGGAUGGUUCUGAUCCUUUUCUGAGGAAUAUAAACAAAAUGUCAGUCAGAAAAAGGAAAGACCAAGAUUUGUCCAAAUGUAGAAACACUUUAAGCGCAGAGGUUAUAGAACAUGAAGACCAAGAUCCUCCUUACCCAACAUAUUCAAAAACUGCAAGACCUACUAAUAAAACCUGGCCCUGUGAUCCUGGUAUCACCACAGUAAAGACUUUAGACACUAAGACUAAGUUAAAGUCAGCCUGUGAUCCCGAUUUCAUCACAGUAAAGACUUUAAACAUGAAGAAUAAUGUAGCCCGUGAUCCUAAUAUGACCACAAUAGAGACUUUAGAUACUAAAAAUAAUUUAAAAGAAAGACUACCAAAUGUAUCUCUACCUAAUUUUGAAGGAGAAUCAUCAGUGACUGGAAAUAUAAAUACAUAUCACCUCUCAAAAUCAUUAAGUCUUACUUCCCACCUAGAAAAUUUAAAACAAUCAAUGAUGCUUAAAUCGAUUUUAAGUAAAAAUCUGCAAGACCUUUCAGAUAAAUUAUUUUCUAAACCAGAGGUUCCUAUGGACACUGAAGCAAGAAAGAAAAGUCAUAGUUCUCCACUUCUGAGAGUUCAUGAUGAACCACCAAGUAGUCUGGAAAACAAAGUGUGUGAAAAAGUUCAAGAUUUAAAUAACUGUCUUCCAGAAAAAGACAUUGUAAGUUCAAAGUCUCUUUUAAAACGAAUAAUUAAAGAUAUUCCUGCAGAUUCACUUUCAGAAGGUGGACCAAGAAAUUCUCCAGAAGUAGAAACAGCACUUGUCUCUGAAAAACACUUGGAAGCUGGUGAGAUCAAUUUUCCAAUUAAAAAAAAUAAUUUCAAACAGAAACAUUCAAAUAUUGAAGUGUCUAGCUCCAAACCAGGUAUAAGUGACACUGCAAAUGAUUAUGUUUUAAAGCAAAUAUUCACUGCACCUAUCUUCUCAGAGUUGGAAAUAGGAGUGAAAGAAUUGAGUGAGACACCAGUAAACUUGCAGAAUCAAUUACCCACAGCUUGGGAGAGUUUAUCUUCAAAUAUUCUACUUCAUUAUGAAGAAAACAAUGAUGAAAUAGAAUUGCCACAGGCCAAAUCUGUUAUAAGCCAGAUAAUACAAGCAUUUCCUGUAGAUACUCUUUUAGAAUCUGGGAUAAUCAAAGUGAUAGAAUUAGAUAAACAAUAUCAGAAGAGUUCUGUGCUGGAUACAGAGACAGUCUUUGCUGAAGAAGAGCCAAAGUAUUCCACAGAGGAUUAUUCAGAAACCCAAAGCAGAACAGAAUCUCUUUCAGAGCAGAAUACACUCAUCAUUCCCAAAGAAACCACUUCUUCUUUUAAUGGAGUUGAAUAUAUGGAUGAAGGCCAAAAUGUAACCCUACAAGAUUCAAAAUAUCAGUCAACACCAGAUAAAAAAGCAGAUAUGCUAAGUAACAGUCAGAGGUCUGAUAGAGAAGAAAAUGAUCUAAAUUCUACUUUAGAAAAUUUAAGUAACUCAUUAAUGGGUAAACUUAAUGAUUCAGAUGUCAUAAUGUUAAAAUCCUUUUUAAAACAUAUGUUUAAUAUUUUUUUCAAGUAUAAUCAGUCUGAAAGAAAACAACCAGAAAAAGAAUUAGAAAGACUGAUUCAGCAUCCUUUUCCAAAUAAUACAGAAGACCUUGAAGAAAUAAAAAAGAAUUUUGAUAAAAUAGAUAAAUUAGACAGAAAACCUAUUUUGAGUUCAAAGCUGCGUGUAUUUCUGGAAGAACUCUCAGAGUCAGAAAUAAAAAAUUUAAAGUCUGAACUAAGUAAACAUAUCCAACAUUACCUUGUAGAAAGACUUUCAGAAUCCGGACACAUCACCAAAGAAGACUUACCAAAAAUCUAUCAAAAUCUGUAUUUGAUGAAUGAGAAAGUGGAACCAAAAAGGCAAAAUAUUUUUCUGGAAAAAUAUUCAGAAACUGUAAAAGAAGUCAUGUCUUUUGUAAAUAAUUUUAAUCAUCAUUUCAUAGAUAAACAUUUGGAAAUAAAGCUAAGAUCUUUCUUAAAUGAAAUUCUCCAAAACUAUUUCCUAAAAAACCUUUCGGAAAGCAGUUUAUUUAAAGAGACAGAAUCUGAGACUAUCGACUCAAACAUGUCUUCUCUAAGAACUAAAAGUGCUUCCAUAUCUUUCUGUGAGUUAGGACAAGACAUUUCAAGGGGGAAUUUUGGGAAAAGACUUGACUUAAACAUGAAAUAUCCAUUAAAUAAAUCUCUACAAAACUAUCUUAUAGCUUUAUCAGAAAAUGAAUUACUAAAUCUAAAAGCUGAUUUAAGCAAACACCUCCAGAGCCUUUUUAUAGAAAAACUUUCAAAAUCAGGACUAAUCACAGAAAGGCAAUUAGAGGGGAUCAACCAGCAUAUAAAUUUGAUCAAUUCUAGUUCCAUACCAUUUAAAUGUAUAAAGCCAGAUUUAUCUUUUAGAAAUGAAAACCAGUUUAUGGAGGAGAAUUCAGAAAAGCAAAAUAAAUAUUCAAAAAUUGUUCAAAAAACUACUUUACAAAAAAUUCCGGAGGAUAGACUUAUAGAAACAGAACUAACCAAAAAGGAAGAAAAGGAAUAUUUUCCCUUACAGAAUAUUAAGGAAAAUCCAUCAAUAAUUGAGGAACAGAAAAGAUACUAUCCUAAAGAAGAAGCCAAAACCCUGAGAUUAAUUAAAGUACAACCUUCUUUCAUCAAAAAUACCCAAGUGAUUCCAUUAAAUAAGUCAUCAGAAAGAGUUACAGAUAUAGUGCUUAAACAAAGGAAAGAACAUGGUUUCAUCCAGCUUCCUCGAGCAGAAAAUUAUGAUUUUAAAACAGAAAUUCAAGACCCACAUAGUUGGAGUGGUAAAUCAAAAACAACUCAGUCAAAUAUUUACUUUGAAAGGACACUAAAAGCGAAGCCCCUUGAAAAAAGGGAGCAUAAUAUCUAUAAACUGAUGGCACAGGAAAAACCGGAAGCAGUACUGUCACCGUAUCCAAGAAUUCCUAAUUGCAAAAUGCCAAGUGAAAAUGAAUAUAUAUACAAAUACACUUUUCCUUCCAGGCAGAAUAACACUUUAACUCAUUUCAAUUUAGAGGCUGGGGAGAAAUUGAAGUUAGAAGACCAGUAUAUUGAGAGAUUGAAAGGAAAUAAUAACAAUAAUAAAAAACAUCUAGUAACAUUUGCACAAUACAAAAAAAUACAUACUCUUUCUGUAAAGACAAAUGGAAUUUGCAAUGAAAAAUAUGCCAAGUUCCCUGAAUCACAGUCCUUUAAAUACAAAGUUGUGGAAGCAGAGAAAAACUCAAAACCAUCCCUCUUCCCAGAAGUAUUAAAGAGAGAAAAUCUAAAGCCCAAGGUCCGAAAAGAAAGAGACCAUGUCAACAAACAGAAGAAGUCAUUUAGCAAGAUAGUUAAGAUACUACCAGCUACACUGCCCACUGCAAGAAUUCUAAGGAAAUCUGUUCCAAGGACAUUGCUUCACUGGACUGCAAGAAGAACUAUACACGAUUGUUCGGAUAGAUUUGAAGAUAUACCUGUGACCUCAUUUAAGCAUGCUGAACAAGCAAAAUCAAGAACAAGGCUUUUAGGAAAAAGUCCGGAUGAUAGCCAUAAUCAGUUAAAACACUUUUCAAGACCGAAUACUGCUCCAGAGGUUCACAAACGGCGAGAGAACUACAGCGGAAAAUUUACAAGUCCUCGAAUGGUUUCAGCAGGCUUAGUUCACAUAAAUGAUGCAAUCCCAGAUUAUGAAAUCCAUAAAAUGAGGCAAAAAAGAAAAUUAAAAGAGAAUAUUGAAGUGUUCGCUCAUUUGUGAUAUUAUCCAAAUGUUAAAAAUUCAGAAUGAUAUGUAAGGCCAACAGUCGAUUUCUCCAAUUAACAAAAUGGUUUGGAGAUCUGUCCUUUUGUGGGAUAGAAGUCAGCAACCAAAUUUCAUCUUGUUAGAACCAUUUUGUUUUAAUUAAAAUGAAAA